UAGAUAGAUAGAUAGACAGACAGACAGACAGACAGAUAGAUGGAUAGAUAAAUAGAAUAUGGAAUGGGUUUAAAGUAACAUAGUUGAGAGUUACCUAUGGGCAAAGUAAAUAAAUAUUUAUAUAGUUUUCCUUCAUUUGAGAUUGUUCUUUUGGGGUCCCACCUAUAUUUUAUACAUAAUACAUUUCCCUGAUUUUCCUUUUUCCUGGAUUUUUCACCAUUUUUUUUUCUGCUCCCCUUAAAAACGUAAAAUGUUUGUUGUUCUACUGAAUAUAAACAGUCUGAGCCCUGGGUUGUGAGGGAGAAGCUACAGAAAGUUUCUGGUUUGGAUUCAGCUGCAAUUCGCAGAUUUUCCUGUAGGGGUCGCGCUCUGCCAACUCGGAGACGACACUUAUUUCCCAUAGGAUCCGGAUUAUUUUUUACAUUGACUCGGGCCUAAUCGUCAUUAUUUGUAACCAGAGAGCGGGGGAUUAACUCUUCAGGUCUCCAGUGAGAAUUUACGACUGGUCAACAAAAAGCACGUGAUUCCCAAACGCACCCCCACUCCCCAUAUUUGGCCUCAUCCAAAGCAGAGUAUGGGGAGAAUUGAUGAAUUGAUCAUAAACGCUGAGGCUCGGGGUGAUCCAGAAAUGAAAUGAGCCCAAUGAGUUGCUACUUUGUGAGCUCCAUGUCUGGCAUCUCCGACUUGUCUCAGUUAAAUGACGGGCCUGGAGGAGGAGGCGGCGGCGGUGUGUUUGGCUCAUACAGGGAGGCAGGAGGCCACAUGGAGCAGCUCGGGGCUUAUGGAUCCUAUAACUACACUGGCAUGGACCUGAGCCGGACAGCAGCUUCCAGCUAUGGGGGGGACAACUCAUUCCCAGGGUUCAGAGAAAACCACAGCUGCUCCCUUUCGACCCCCGACCCCCAUCCAACCCCCGACCCCCUUCCUUGUGCCAAAACCCACAAAUCAGAUCUGUCCCCCCCUUCCACCUCCGCCGGCUCCAGCGCCCAAUUCACAGAGACACAAGAAACUGAGACUGACCAAUCCGCCCCUAGAACUGGGGCUCCCCCCCGGGCUCUACAGGACAACUGCCCCCCAGGACACAACCCCCACAUCUUCCCCUGGAUGAGAAAACUGCACAUUAACCACGACAUGGCAGGUCCAGAUGGGAAGAGGGCGAGGACUGCUUACACCCGGUACCAGACGCUGGAGCUGGAGAAGGAGUUCCAUUUCAAUAGGUACCUGACCAGGAGAAGGAGGAUAGAGAUCGCCCAUGCCUUGUGCCUCUCCGAGCGGCAGAUUAAAAUCUGGUUCCAGAACAGGAGGAUGAAGUGGAAAAAGGACAACAAGCUGAAAAGCCUGAGCCUCGCCCCUGUCAGCAGCGCCUUCCAGCCCUGAGGGCUUUGCCAGGACUCCACCUUGGGCAUCUACAGGGCACUUGGCAUGUGAAGGGAACAGGACUAGUAGCCACUUCUCAUUUCUACUCGUCUCCCCAUGUCUCCCAGUAACGUCCUGAUUCUUUUGUGACACCAUGUUGCUGCUGCUGCUUUCGGAGGAGAUCGCAUGUUUUUUUCAGAGCCUUUAAAUGUUAUUCUAACUUAUUUAUAAUAAAAUUAACGAAUUUCAGUUUUUUUUUUUUCAGUUUACAAUUUUUACAUAUCGGUUUGUCGUUUUUCCUGUUGCAGAUGCGAAUUGAGACACUAAAAGGCUACACAGUUGUGUCUUCUCUAUUGUAAAGUUUGUGGUAUUGGUCAUGUUUACCCCCCACUUUAAUAGAACCCCCCAAAUACACACCUGAGAGCCCCACUAGACUGUACUCGGUGUUUUUGACCAAUUUAAAGGAGUGAGUGACUAGUAAUGUGUUUAAGGUCUGGCUGCCUGGAGAUCCCAGUCUACAUGGUUUUUGUACAAGUAGUAAUAAUAAAAUAUUAUGCUUUAAAA